UUGUGACGCAAGGACGUCGCCUCUGUGGCGUCACAAAGCGUGCGGCGGCGAAUUUCCCGUCGUGCCUCGGGGCUCCCGGUCGCUCCACUCCAGCUGGAGAGACGCGUCUGGGAGUCUCCGGUAUCCAGGGCUCCCGGUACCCGCCGGGCAACUGUGUCCCUCCCUCUCCGGGAACAUGCCGCGCCGCCCUCCGCAGUGAUCCCCGGACAGAGGCAAUGACAGCGGCUCCGGUAUCCCCGCGGGAGAUCAGGGAGAGGCUGCUGCAGGCCAUCGAUCCGCACAGCAAUAUACGUAACAUGGUGGCUGUGUUAGAGGUGAUCUCCAGUUUGGAGAAGUAUCCCAUUACCAAAGAGGCACUGGAGGAAACCCGACUAGGAAAAUUGAUCAACGAUGUCCGGAAAAAGACCAGCAACGAGGAGCUUGCCAAACGUGCGAAGAAAUUGCUGCGUAGCUGGCAAAAGCUGAUUGAGCCAGUUCAACAGAAUGAGCAGUCUGCAAGGGGCACUACUAAUCCACCAGGCUCUGCCAAUGGAGGGGGUGCCCACAACUGUAAGGUGGAGCCAAAUGCAACUGCACUGUUAAGUGGGAAGCCUAUUCAGGACCUCAAGGUCAGAAAUGACAUCCAGAAGGCACACUCUCCCAAGACUGAAAAGGUGGCCAGUCGAAAAAGGAAGGCAGUUCUUAAAGAUGGUACCCAAGGGCCUGCUUGUAAAGUGGUCAAGCCCAGUCAUGAGCUGUUCCAAAACUCCUCACCCCUACCAACAAAUGGUAUUGGAGGUAGUCCCCCUGAAAGCCUACUUAGUCCGCUUGAUGGCGGCUCACAGACUAACCGGUUGGAGACUGCUGAAAAUGAUAAGCAUGGUAAAAUACCAAUAAAUGCUGUCCGCCCUCACACGAACUCCCCUGGACUUGUAAAACACCCAAGCACUUCCUCUUUGUUAAAAGUGGCCGUCCUACAGCAGCACAGUGUAGGGUUGGAAGAUGUCCAUUCUCUUCAGCCACGAAGUCCCCGCUGCUCUUCCUUCAGCCCUCGUGGCACUAGAUCAGAACUAGUGGCACGGCAGCACACCACAUAUGCACCAAAGGGUUCUGCACCCAGCCCCUCCCACAGGCUGCCGGCUGUAGACACUGCACAUACACCCUCUUACCAAUCCCCUGUGCACCCUUCUACACCCCCCGCCAUAGCAAAAAGACUUGAGUCUCCCAGAAGGGAUAUAGUAGUCUCUUCACCUCACAGAUCUGUGGAGCAGCUACUCCCAAUUGACUGCCACCACCAGCAGUCUCCCAGGAUACCACAACAGCACACCCCACAUGGACCUCGCAGCAUUUAUCCCCAUACUGACCCUCAGACACCCCGUAGUGGUUUUUCAGAAGAGCCCUCAAAAAUGGACAGCGAUGAUGCAGCAUCUGGUUCAGAUAGCCAAAAGAAAAAAAGAUCUCGUAAUUGGGGUGAGCAAGAAGGGUAUUCAGUAGAUGGGACUGGCAAGCAGACACGAUUAAAAAAGGAUCGUAAAUUAAAAUUUAAUGUCAAUACAAGGGAAAUAAAACCCUUAACUCAUAAGGAUCCAGCCCACACUGAGAGUUCUGCCCCUUCAGAACAGCACAGGACUGAGACAGAUAAACAGGACCCCAAAUUAGGACUGCCAAGUCCCUUUGAACAGACAAACUGGAAAGAGUUGUCUCGAAAUGAGAUCAUCCAGUCCUAUCUCAAUCGUCAGAGCAGCUUGUUGUCUUCCUCUGGUGUACAAACACAGAGUGCACAUUAUUAUAUGUCAGAAUAUUUAAAACAGGAGGAAUGCACUAAGCGGGAAGCUAGAAAGACUCAUGUUUUAGUGCCACUUGCCCUCCCCAGUGAGCUGCCUGGAAGAAACAGGGAAGUAACUAGUGCUGACUUAGAAAGACUACAUGACCAACAUUGGCCAGGUGUUAAUGGCUGUCAUGAUACACAAGGCAACUGGUAUGAUUGGACGCAGUGCAUCUCUUUGGACCCUCAUGGUGAUAAUGGUAGAUUAAACAUCUUGCCUUAUGUCUGCCUAGACUGAGCACCAGUCCCAAAUCUGCUUUCUCAUAUCUGCGGUUUUCACUGCAAACCAUGGGUUGCCUAGCGACCGCUGCUCCAAACAGAAGAUUUACAUGAGAGAGGAGUUCCCUGUUUCUGGGGAUGUGGAGGGUGGUGUUGUAGAGAACCUGGAAGAUAAGCUUUGUCUCCACUACACCCUGGGAAUUACCUUCCUCCGCCGGCGCUCCCCCUGUGUCUGUCACACCCGUUCUUUUGUGCUAAAUGCUGCUACCGGUUAACUCAAAGGAAUACAGAAGGGGGUAAAGAAAUGCAAUGGAAGGGUGUACAAGGGGGGUACAUGUUGGAGUUUUGAAUCUACUAUAGCAAGUGAGCUAUAAUAAAAUACAUGAAAAAUUCAAGUGUUAAGUUUAAACCUACCCUUAAAUUGCAAAAAAGGUGAAUAUUUCCAGUACCUGGAAAAAGGGCUGGAAUAAAAAAAAUUAUAUAUAUAUGACAGGUACCUAAAACUUAUGUGAAAGAGGAUUUAAUUAAGUUGAGAAUAAGUUACCAUAACAGAGAAUGCAUUUAUUUAUUUGAAUUAAUGGUUUUUCCUUUUUCAGAUUUUAUUUCCAUUGAAAAUUUGACAAAGCGUCUUAACAAGAGGCGCAAAAUAUUAAUGUAUAAUUCCAAGCAUCACAACUGGUCCCUGUAUUGUUAAUUGGGGAAGAGUCUUAGAACUAAUUCUCCCAAAACUAUUUUUUUUUUUCUCUACAGUUCUAUUGUAUACAUUUAUCUUCUAAAAUGCGACCAUAUAAGAUCAGAUCCCUAAGCUGCUGCUAAUCACUACUUAACAUUGUUUAAAAAACCCUCUAAGUAAGCUCUUUUUAUUAUUAUUUACAUCUUUGGUUUUAAAACAUAUCCUUCAUUUUCUUACCAUAUUUCAGUGUUUUCGGCACCCAGAACUCUAACAUGAGCUGUAUUUAUUCUACUCCUAAUGAUACAAUCUUUUUUCAAAUGACCUUCACCUCUAAAACUACAAGGUGACAGAUGGUGCUACCAGCUUCUAGAUAGUCCAGACACAAAACAGGGCCGGUUUGUAUGCUGGGAUAAAAAAAAAUAAAGUAAACUUAAAACUACUUGCUACCAUUCCUCUAGAUGUAAUUUGCCUUAUGGGAUCUCCAUCAUAAACGCGAUUUUUUUUUUUUUGUUUGUUUUUUGCAAGAAAAUAAAACCUAAAAAAAAACACACAAAAAAAACAGCCUUAGUUGAAUGUACAGUGAGACUUCUGUAUUUCUCAUAUGCAGAAGGGAGCAACUUUGCUAACUUUGGUCCUCUCGGUGGACAAAUUGUGAUAUAAAUGUGGAAACCAUAAUAAAAAAAAAAUACAA